AUGACAAUGAACAUUGCUUCAGCCCUUUGUUAUACCAAAGUCUGUAAUUGCCGAUGGCAAACGAAGUUUGUGAUGUGUAUACAAUGUAUUUGCUAUUCCUUGUCCUAUAUCCCAAAUAUGAAUUCGUACUUCUGCAUCAUCGGAGGGUACCUCCUACCACCUUACUUUCGGUUUUGGACACUUUUCACAUCUUCUUUUUACAACUUUUCCCUCACACUUCUCGUAUUGGAUAUUCUGACAGUGUUUCUCAUGGAUAAGUUGCUAUCCGGUCCAUACAAAUGGCUUGAGCUGCUUCAAUUUAGUGUAUUGGUAAACUUUUCUUCUUCUCUCUCUGUUGCUUUGUUUGUUUUCCCAAUAUCACUUAUCAUUUAUGACAAAAGUGUUCUAUUCUUAUAUCCUGUAUGUGGCCUUGUUGCGCUUUUGGGAGGCGUCACUGUAUUAGGCCGGCAGAUGAUGUCAGAUAAGCUAUUGAUCGAUUUUCCUCUGGGGAAAAUACGCUAUAAACACAUACCAUUCAUAUCUGCUAUAUCCUUCGCUGUCUUAUUCAGCAUUGGAUUUUGUGCUGGCAUAUCCUUUUCUCUCUUUGUGACUGGGAUUUUUAUUGCGUGGACUUACUUGCGUUUUUUUCAAAGGCACAGUAAUGGACUACUUGGCGAUGUAGAUGAUAGUUUCACGUUUGCCGGAUUUUUUCCAAACCAUUUAGGCCCACCUGUCUCUGUAGUAUCUAGUGCAGUAUUCAACGUCCUGGUUCGGCUGAAUAUUUGUAAACCACCACCCAUAAGACAAGUAUCAGGCCCACCUUCAGUGGUUUCAUUUACGAUAGAUAUACACAACAAUGCUCAGUUGGCUAACAGGUACAUUCCAGCUCUAAACCAUGUAAAUACUACAAGUAUUCAAUCUGCAGGAAAAUAUGUUCCGUCCAUCCAUACAAUUUCGAAUUUCUCGGCUGAACAAACCCAACCCAUACAAACAAAUGGUACACCGCUGCCACCUAUCCCACCCCCGAUUUCCGUUUCAAAUGAUAAUUUAUCAUGA